AUUUCUAAACCGGAAGGAAAAGAUAUAUGGUUCGUUUGAAAUAUUAAAAUUUGAGCAAGGGUGUUUUUAUAUAGUAUUGAUUUUUUCUAUAUUAGUACUCUAAAAGAUUUUUUUUUAUUAAUUAUUGGAUAAAUUACUCACAAUUCUUCAAAAAUAAUUUAUGUCCGAUCCUUUUUAUCAAGCCCAUGCUAUUAUGAUAGGAACAACAAGGAUUAGUAAGAAAUUGUGAGAUAUAGCAGGCAUAGUCGAUAACACAUAACAAGGAUUUGUUGUGUAUAGGACCCAUCAUGUGUUUGUAGAAUUGUCUCUGAGAGAGUUGAUGAAAUAGAGGUAAAUGUGUUACUUUAUUUGCAAAUUAAGCAUACAUGGUGAAUAUAUGUAAUGCUAGGAUUCAUGGAUCCUACUAAAACUAAUGUUGGUAGCCGAUCCUUGUCUCUCCCUCAAAUGGUUCCUUGGAUCUUCUUGCGGUGGUGGGUUACAGGUGUUUAGCUUUUGGAGUGCUUUCUUGUAUAGCUGUGUGUUUUUUUUAGAUGUUGUUCGGUGUUGACGGGAUGUACUUCAGAAUCUCUGACAUUUCCGAGACCACUCAUCGUGCUUUGAAUGUGGUGCGAACAUUGGAAUUCGGAAUGCCAGACAUGCCUCGCUCACGUUUUAUACGUUGGUGUUUUAUACAAAUACAAACCCAACACCGGUUCAAGAUCCAUUUGAUUGAACACCUCCAGCCUUGCAUAGGAGACCAUUCUCGAGGAACUAUUCAUCUUAGGAAAAUGAAUGUUUUGGUUUUCUCAGGUUUGGCAAAAGCAAUGGUGCCUGUUGCAAGGGUUCAAUCCUGGUGCAUAAGACAUGAAGAAUUCAUUGUCAUUUGAAGGCAUUGAAGUUGUGGAUUAAUAUUCCAAAUCUUUGGAAUUGGGGAUGAAGCCGUCGGUCCUGAAAUUUUAAUUAAAAUGUAUUAUCUUGACUUUAUUUUGGUACAUUAUUAUUUGAUGUAUUCUGGAUCAAUAAUUUUUCGCACAUCAAUUUGGCAUCAAUAGUGGCCUCUUGAACUUGUCUAAUUUACAUGCCUUUUGUUUUA